AUGAAACAGAAUUCAGAAAUUUUAUUGUCUGGCUCGAAGACCAGAAAAUCAGACAUUACAAGAUUGAAGACCGAGGGAAUUUGAGAAACAUACACAGUGAUGACUGGCCCAAAUCGUUUGAAAAGUAUAUGAAAGACGUAAACUGUCCUUUCAAAAUACAAGAGCGACAAGAAACAGUGGACUGGCUGCUCGGCUUAGCGGUUAGGCUCGAGUACGGAGAUAAUGCUGAUAAAUAUAAGGAUUCUACCCCCGAUGGUGCUAAAAAUACUGAAAAUACAGGAAAAAAUGCAGAACCGCUGAUUAACUUGGAUGUGAAUAAUCCUGAUUUCAAGGCUGGAGUGAUGGCUUUAGCUAAUCUGCUUCAAAUUCAGCGACAUGAUGAUUACCUGGUAAUGCUUAAGGCAAUUCGCAUUUUGGUUCAAGAGCGCUUGACGCAGGAUGCCAUCGCAAAGGCCAGUCAGUCCAAGGAGGGUUUGCCUGUUGCUUUAGAAAAGCACAUUCUUGGUUUUGACACAGGAGAUGCUGUUCUCAAUGAAGCUGCCCAAAUUCUCCGACUGCUGCAUAUAGAGGAGCUCCGAGAGCUGCAAACAAAAAUUAACGAAGCCAUUGUAGCAGUUCAGGCGAUUAUUGCUGAUCCCAAGACGGACCACAGACUGGGCAAAGUCGGGAGAUGAACAGAUAAAGGCUUUUAGUCUCUUGUGUACUUAGUACAAUUAGGAUCAAUGUACAACUCUGGCAUGCAGUUUGAAAUGGUAUUAUUUUACUGUUUUGAAAGAAAACAGGAAAUUGAAUUCUGACUUCUAAGGGAUUAUCUUUUUUUCUUUAAAUAAAUGAAGUUGAGGAAAAUAGA